GGCAACUAAACAGUCACAGAAAAGGGGCACGCGAAUUCAGAUACAUCCAGACCUAGACCGAGUAGAUCUCCCUGCCAAGAGGCGGGGCAUGCGCGCAUGUUUCUUUCUGUCACUGUCUUUCUUGUCACUUUGGAGUUGCGCGCUCCAAGUGCUGGAAACAACUGGGAACAGGUCUGGGUAGCGGUAACUGUUUUAGGAGCCAAUACAGUGGCAUAUCUUAACUGGAGGAAUGUAUAAUUGUUCCACAAGUCAUUCGAUGCUAAUACCUGCCAUCUGCUUUCCAAAGUACAUCCCAUGGUGACCUCCACUGCGUACACUUACAGGAUAAAAACGGACUCUGCCUUAAGUCGGUGCUGCCUGUCGCCGUCUAGAGUUGCAGUUGCCACUCAGUGACCGUUUUGAGUCUCCGACUACUGCCAUCUCAUUUUGGGGGUGACACUUCACAAUCAGUGGAUACUCUCAGUCAGAGUUGUUGAAAGCCAUGAAGUCUUGCACUUCGGUGUUUUUUCUGUUGUGCUGUGUUGAACUAGCAAGAAAUGCCAAAAUUAUCAUUAUGCCGCCAAUUAUGUUUGAAAGCCAUCUGUAUAUUUUCAAGACCUUGGCCUCAGCACUGCAUGAACAGGGGCAUCAAACAACAUUUAUAGUAUCUGCAGGCAGAGUUGUGCCACCUUCUGACCAUUAUCAACUGCUGCAUUACCCGGGGAUAUUUAACAGCAGUACUGCAGAUGAUUUUUUACAGUCCAAAGUGAGGAACAUAUUUUCUGGGAGGUUGACAGCAUUAGAACUCUUUGACAUUUUAGAUCACUACAGCAGGAACUGCGAUCUUAUGGUAGGAAACCAAGACUUUAUGGACCGCCUCAAGAGGGAAGAGUUUGACUUAUUCUUAGUGGAUCCCAAUGAAAUGUGUGGAUUUGUUGUUGCUCAUCUUUUGAGGGUGAGAUAUGCUGUCUUUUCUACUGGACUUUGGUAUCCAGCUGAAGUAGGUGCUCCUGCUCCUUUGGCCUAUGUUCCAGAAUUUAACAGUCUACUUACAGACCAAAUGAACUUCCUAGAGAGGUUUAUAAAUACAGUUGUGUAUCUUGUUUCGAGGUUUGGAGUUAACUUUUUGGUCCUUCCAAAAUACGAUAGGAUAAUGCAGAAAUACAGACUGCAGCCAGAACGGUCUAUGUAUGAAUUAGUUCAAGGGUCAAGUUUGUGGAUGCUAUGUACUGAUGUUGCAUUGGAGUUUUCAAGACCUACUUUGCCGAAUGUUGUGUAUGUGGGAGGAAUUCUUACCAAGCCUGCCAGCCCCCUCUCAGAAGACUUCCAAGACUGGGCAAGCAAUACCCAGGAUAAUGGAUUUGUACUGGUUUCCUUUGGAGCAGGUGUAAAAUACUUGUCAGAAGAUAUAGCACAGAAAUUAGCUGGAGCCUUGGCCCGCCUUCCUCAGAAGGUAAUUUGGAGGUUUUCCGGAAUCACACCUGUUAACUUGGGAAAUAACACAAAGCUUGUAGAAUGGCUGCCACAGAAUGAUUUACUAGGACAUCCUAACAUCAAAGCAUUCUUAAGUCAUGGUGGACUGAAUAGCAUUUAUGAAGCUAUGUAUCAUGGAGUUCCUGUGGUUGGUAUACCCCUCUUUGGAGACCAUUAUGACACUAUGACUAGAGUACAAGCCAAAGGCAUGGGGAUCUUGCUUAUAUGGAAGAAAAUGAGUGAGGAUGAUCUGUAUAAUGCACUGGUCAAAGUUAUUACUGAUUCCAGUUAUCGACAGCGAGCCCAACAGUUGUCUGAAAUUCAUAAAGAUCAGCCAGGACAUCCCAUUAGUCGAACUGUCUACUGGAUUAACUAUAUUCUCCGUCAUAAUGGAGCAAAUCAUCUUCGUGCCUCUGUUUACAGCAUUCCCUUUUAUCAGUACUUCUUACUAGACAUCACUGGGGUUGUAGUACUUGCAUUAUUUAUAUUAUAUUAUUUUAUGACUUGGUUCAUAAGAAUUAUUCGUGGUCUGUGGUCUACUCCUUCUUUUAGCAAAGUGAACGGACAUUGUCACAAUGGUAUUCCAAAUGGCAAGUACCGAAAGAAUGGACAUAUUAAGCAUGAAAAGAAAGUGAAAUAAGUAAGCUUUUUUCCUAAGAAGGUAUCUGGAAGUGUAAGUAGCAGCCACCUCCUGUUAAGAGGUAAUAUAACAUGCAAUGGAAACCACUUGCUGUGAAAGUCAGGUUAAAAAUUUCUAACUCAGCAUUCUGUUUAAUCUCCAUAACAGAAACUUUGCAGUAUGGCAGACCCCAUAUUAUGAGGAGCACAAUCUAAAAAUAAAGUAUAUCUGGGCAUUAAUACAGCUUUAUACGAUAAUUCUGGCAAAAGAAUUUUAAAACCAUUAAUCUGUUCAUAAAUUUAAUUAUGGCAUUAUAAUAUUUUAUCCAGAUUGUAAUUGUGUUCCCCCAAAUGGCAUACCUAUAUUUAACCUUUUUAACUUUUAUUUAAUAAGACAGCAAAUAAGAGGUUGGAGGAAAAGCACAUCUAAAGAUAUACAGUUUUCUAUAAAUGAGUAUUUUGGGUAUGUUCCCUGUUGUCUACAGUAUAAGUCAAGAUUGUUUUUAUUAUGCUACUUAUGCCAACAAGUGUAAAAAAGGAUAACCUUUCUCAGGUUCUUUACUUUAAAAGAGAUUUAGUAUUCAACGUCCAGUCAAAACUACUUUCAGUUUGAAAAAGCUGCUACGGUUAAGUUUGUCUUAAUCUUUGUGACCUAAGUGUUCCUUAAAUUUGUCCUGGCCACACAGUUGUUUCUGUUCAUUUUUAAUACUUGUUUACCUGAUCAUUGCACUACAACAGUUGUGAUGUAUAUUCAUGUAUUUAUUAUUAUUAUUAUUAUUAUUUUGUAUUUUACAUUACCUGACAGGGGAACCAAGACCCUUCAGGAUCCCAUCCUUUUACUUAGCCAUGAAUAAUCUGCUGACCUAUAAAGUGCUAUGAUCAUACACUGUGAUUUCAUUUAUUUUAUUAUCACUCCACUAGGAGCCACAUGCUGACAAGAAGGAUACCAUGGUAAAUAUAAGUACUGUAUUAUUUUCUGAGUAUAUUAUACUGCAAAAACUUGAACAAAGCAGGUACAAGAAGACAAUGUACCAAAAUAGUAUCUUUACUGGCUCUUCAAAUAAGUGGCCACAGAAGUAUACAUAGCUACAAAGGCAGUGAGUGGUGGAGUGGUAAAGAAUUUACAUAAUUCUAUGAUCUUAUUAAAUGCACUCUGAUUGCUUUUGAUUUUCAGUACUAAAAACAGAUCUGUGGAACUGAAUUGAUUCAGUUAACACAUUUAAAUUGUAUAUAUGUUAGGAAUUCUGCCACUGAGUUCAGGAAUGCGGACAUUAGUGUGAAAACACAAAAUGGAUGAAGCUCAUCUGUCCUUACUCGAAGUUUUGUACAAAGUUGACCAUUUGGAUAUUAUACAAGUGGACUUUUUCUUCCUUUUAUUUAUUUAUUUUUUUUUGACAUUUCUGCUUUUGGUAGUGGUAGCCCUGUCUUGUUCUUUCCUAUCUUAUGAUACAGACCAGGAAGAAAGAACUGAUUUUAGCAGAGACGUUUAUCUUUAAAACUUAUUUUUCAACUGAAUUAAAUUUGCGUUUGUCUAUUUUGUACACAUAAUACAAAACUAAACAAUAAAUACGCAUACAGAACAGUA